AUGAAACGUUUAAAGGCAAAUUGGGAGUUCUUCGAGUCGAUCAACCCGAAGAGCGAUUUCAACAAUGACGGAGAUGCGUUAGAAACGUAUCUAUACGAAAAAUCACUCAAAGUUCAGCCAAAGGAUGCUGAUAAGAUUCCUGAUGUGGACCAACUAUCCAUACGGAUAGCUCAUGUGGAUUUGUUACAGAAGCCGAAACGAGCACUUCAUGUGCUAAAAUCGCCAGGAAUCAAACCGCCGAAAACGAAUCACUACUCAGCAAGUCAUCAUCAUGCAGCUUCAAGUUAUAGUACACAAUCGUCGACGGCACCAAGUACACCACGACCAGAUGGAGAAGGGUUAGUAUUGAUUUUUUGUUUUGACCAUACCUUGUGA